GAUCGGCCUAGAUCGAAUCAGCGGAAACAUGUGAAGUGCUCCAAGAUCUUACUGGGCCUAGGACAGGCCAGAUAGUUCGAUUGGGCCGGAUCGGAUGCACCAGUGCACCACGUAGAAAGACCGACUCCGUUAGCUUCUCCCUUCCCUCACCGAAAAAAAAACCAUCACCGCCUUCCCGGCGCUCGCCGCUGCCACCCGUCGCCGCGCGCCUUUCCGCCACCCGCCGCCGCUGUUGGCGCCCAAACAUCGCAUCUGCUGUUGCUUUAUCCCUUUUAUUCCACAGCCGCUCUAAGUGGUGGGUGUCCCUCUAUAUUCGCCGCUUAUAGGAAUCGAGGGUUCGAUCGGCUGUGGUGCGUGGUGACUGUGAACGAGGAGGAGCGCAAAGAUGGCUGAUUUCCGGACCUCCACCCAACGGGAGAGGUGGAUCUUCCAGUCGCACGAUUUGAUGGAGAGGUGGGCGGCGGCAAACCAGCGGGCCGCUCAGACCCUUGCGCAGUAUGGGACGACCCGGCUUAAUGUGGACCUGCUUGAUGGCUCGGUAUCCUACCCAGAGUCCAUGCCGGAUCAUGUUGAGGGUAGCUCGGUUGUAAAGCCUCUUUCUUACGAAGAGGAGCAAUUGACAAGGGUAUUUUACGAGCAGAAGAUUCAGGAAGUAUGCGCUGCAUUCAAGUUCCCUCACAAAAUCCAGGCUACAGCAAUAAUAUAUUUCAAGAGAUUCUAUCUACAAUGGUCUGUAAUGGAGCAUCAACCAAAGCAUAUUAUGUUAACAUGUGUAUAUGCUUCUUGCAAAGUGGAAGAAAACCAUGUUUCUGCUGAGGAACUUGGUAAAGGAAUUCAGCAGGACCACCAGAUCAUUCUAAAUAAUGAGAUGAUUCUUCUUAAAACUUUAGAUUUUGAUCUCAUUGUUUAUGCUCCAUAUCGAUCGAUUGAAGGAUUUAUUGAUGACCUAGAGGAUUUCUGCAGGGCAGGUAAUGGUCCAUUCCAGCGUUUGAAGGAGUUGCGCCAGGCUGCUAUAUCCCAUGUUGACAAAAUGAUGUUGACUGAUGCACCUCUUCUCUAUACCCCUGGGCAGUUGGCACUGGCGGCUCUUCACAAGUCUAAUGAUCUUCUCAGGGUCGUCGAUUUUGAAAGAUACUUGGAAAUUAUCUUCUCAAGGCAACAUUCUGAUUGUCCAAUCGAACAGUUUGUUCAGUCGAUCAACGAAAUCAAUUACUUAGUCGACCAGCUUAAUAUACCUACUGUCAAAGACAUGAGACACGUGGACCGCAAGCUGAAACAUUGCUGGGAUCCAAGCUCACAUGACGAGCAUAACAAGAAGAAAGAAAAGAAGUCAAAGCACAAAUCGAAAAGAACAUCUACCGAUGCCCAACUAUAGGAAGCAUAUGGUCCAGCAGUGGCUUUGUGUAAGAGUACAACGCUUCGUUUAAUCAUUUCAUUCAGGGCCUCCAAAUGAUCGAAACUGAACUCAGGCAUCUAAGCACAGCAGCUCUAAGACAGCUUUCUACACCAGCUGAGGCAUACCUGAGGUCAAGCAAUUUUGUGACGAUGUGGGCUAUGGAACUUCAUUGCUCCAAUGGGAGAGUUGCAGCAAAGAUACAAACUAAGAGAUGUAACAUUGGAUGCCUAUCUCCAAAGUACGGAGAACUUCAAAUUUUAUAUGGCCGACUUUGUGUCAGCCACAAUUACUUGAGUUCCUUUUGUUACGGAUGUAGCAUUGUUUAUUAAGUUUAAACGCCGAAUCCAAGAUGAUCCACCUGCUGUUGUGAAUCGUUUUUUAACUGAUCAGUGAUUUUGAAUCUGGAUUGUGUAUAUGUGUAGAGCUUAUCAUGGCACCAGAUUGUUGAAUAAUUUCUGUUAUUUCUA